AGCUCUUUUGUGUUGGUUUGGUUAUCAAAACUUGUUCCCACCAAAAAAUGUAUAAACAAGAAAAUAUGACAAGUGCUUAAACUUGACGUUGCCAGCUGUAUAUAUGCAAACGACACACGACUAGAUCGCCAGUUAUACGGUUGAGUCGCUGUGGGUCACUUGUAACAAGUGUGGCUCUCAAAAUGUGGAACGACCUUCGCCAGCGCUGCCUCAUACUGAUCUCUGUGAUCUGUGUGCUGUUUUUCGGGUUGGCCAAUGCCCUGCACGGCUAUGCAAAUGCCGAAGGUCACCAGCCAGAUAUGUUGGCCACACUGCCUGGCCAACUGAAGUUUGUGCAUGUGAUAUAUCGCCACGGCGACAGAACACCAGUAGAUCCGUAUCCCAAUGAUCCCUGGGGCGAUCUCAAUUACUGGCCCACCGGCUGGGGCCAGUUGACCAAUUUGGGAAAGCAAGAGCACUACGACCUGGGAAAAUGGCUAAGAAAGCGUUAUUCAGCCCUUCUGCCCUCCAAAUAUUCCAACCAGGACAUCUAUGUGCAGUCCACAGAUGUGGAUCGCACCCUCAUGAGUGCCCAAUCCAAUCUGGCUGGUCUCUACGAGCCACAAGGUGAAGACAUCUGGAAUUCCGACAUCAAAUGGCAACCCAUACCCAUUCACACCAUCCCCGAGAAGGAGGAUUACAUUCUGGCCGCCAAAGCUCCGUGUCCCGCCUACGAUCACGAGCUGGCCGCUCUGGAAUCGUCGCCAGAAUUCAAGGCUAUGACCGAGAAACACCGAGAUCUCUUUGCCUACUUGAGCGAGAAAAGCGGAACGUCUGUCAAGAGUUUCGUGGAUGCUCAGUAUCUCAAUAACACGUUGUUUAUUGAAAAUCUGUACAACAGGACACUGCCGAAUUGGACUGGAAAGGUUUACGGCGGCGAGGAACUCACUUAUGUGGCUAAUUUCGCUUUUGCCAUCAGUACUUACACGCGAAAGUUAGCCAGGCUAAAGGCGGGGCCACUUCUGCUGGAUAUGUACAAACGGUUUGACGACAAAUUUUCCGGACGUCUGAAACCAGAUCUCUCAAUGUGGAUAUAUAGUGCUCAUGAUACCACCAUAGCCAAUGUUUUGAACGCUUUGAAACUGUUUGAGCUCCAUAGUCCUCCCUACACGGCGUGUAUUAUGCUGGAGUUGCGUGUGGAUGAGAGCAAUACGCCACUGGUGUCUAUUUUCUACAAGAAUACCACCGCUGAGCCUCUGCCCCUGUAUAUACCCGGAUGUGGUGUGUCCUGCCGGCUGGAAAAACUUGGAGCACUUUAUCAGGAUGUCCUUCCCUGGGAUUGGGAGCACGAGUGCACACGCUCUACGAUGAUGAUGACCUAUGAGGAGGCCAAUUUGGGCGCGGCGACGGGCAUUCUCAUAUUAAUCAUUAUUGCGCUGCUAUUCGCAAGCUAUGGCCUCAUGAUUUACUACCGCCGGCGCAACUACAAACUGUAUACCUCGUACUCUCAAAUGGCCUAGUCGAAUACCUUCGCCAUUCACUGGAAGGCAUUACUUGAGUCAGAAUUUAGGACCUUGCCAACUCUCUAAUUAUCAAAGUGAUUAAUUUUCUUUCUCAUCCUAAGUUGCUUUUAAGUGGAACUGCCACUCUCAAACUGUUGUUGUUAAUCGUGGUUACUACUUAGUUAAAACCUGCAUUUCACACAGAGUCUGUCUGUUUUGACUAGUUUUGGUAGUUUAAGUUUGUGCAUUUGAUAAACACAAAUUAUUUAGCAUUUAAAUGGAAUGAUAACUGGUUGUUGUUGUUAUUUAGUGAAAGAUAUGGAAUACAAAGACUGUGAAAAGCGAUCUUGAAGUUGCAUACAUAUAUACAUACAUAACAUAUUUAUACACAUAUACAUGUACAUUUUUAUGAA